UUAUAUCCAACCAUAUCGAAGCACCAGCCCCACAGGCUGCUCGGAGCCCUGCACGAGGCCAGCCACCCCGGCGCAUCUCGCAGCGGGGGGCGUCGGACGAGCCUUCGCCCCGGCGCGGCCGAGAAGACCCGGCAGCCGAGCCGAAUUCCAUAAAAUUCGCGCUCCUCCCCCCCCGGCAUUGUGCGGCCAGUCGAAUCGUAUCUGGGGUCGCCUGGCGAGCCACGGGGGGGCCACGGGAGCCUGUUACGCUACAACCUCUGCGGCCUCAGGGAGCUGGCAGGCCAAACUUCGAGCUGGCCCCCUGGGAACAAAGACGAGCAAAACUGGUGGAGGAGGAGGAGGAGGAAGUAAGAGGGGAUAACGGUCGACGACGAAGGGGGGGACAAUGACGAGGAGGACGAGGAGGACAAGGUGCAAAGCCGCGCCGCGCGCUCGCUCUGUACAGCUCAGCAAACCGGCGCAGGCGCCCUGGCAAACGGCUCUGGCCUCGGGCCUCGCGAGGGCCCGGGCGCGCGGCCAGAGGUCUCGCGCGCCUCGGCCGGCAUGCGCUGGUCGGCGCCCGGUCGCGUGCGCCAGGGCGGCUCGGAUGCACGCUGCCGCGCGGGCCGCGGCGCGUGGCAUCGGGCGGCGACAUCUGUGCCCAGACGUGGCUCGCGUCGUGGCAGCAGCAAAAAAAACAGACACGGCGUGAGGUCUCAGACCGUCCUCGGCCUGCAGGGGGGCCCUCGCCAGGCCCCGAGGCCGUCAGGGAAGGACUGUCGGGAUGCCAAGCCCUCCCUGGGGGAGAGGGUCGGGCCUUCAGGGGGCCCCGUGCGGCAUCGAGCCAUUGCAUGCCUGGGCACAUGUCCGCCGCCCCUGGCCGUAGUCCCUGGCCAGGCCCGGCCCGGGCCGAGGAGCGGCGCCCGGCUCGGCAGGGGAGGCGUGUGCGCCUGCCUGGGCCCCGGCGGGGCCUGGCCCGGGGGGGCGGCGGGCACGUGCAUCAUCGGGAUCCCGCCGCGCGGUGCCAGCGCGCGCACAUCGAGCUGGCCUGGUGCACGACCGGGCGAGGCGCGUGGGCGGGGCGAGGGGGAGGCCCCAAAGACGUGGAGGAGCCUGGGGGAGGGAGCCCGCUGCAUGGAGACCCGGCGGGCGCCCCGGAGCGCCCAGAGGGCCGGGCGUCGCCAGGGCGGCCGCGGGAGCGCCCGCGCCCCGGGCGUGCCGUGCUGCGGGCCCUCUGCGUCGGUCUGCCCCGCCCCCCGCGCAGGCGGCUUCCCAAGAUUCGCAGCUGCUCACCCUUGGGCGCCAGAAGUGGGCACGGUCUGAUGUUGCUCGAUGUCGCCACGUCGGACCUCCCCUUCUCAGCUCCCCUCCGAGCUCAGCCACUCUCCGGCGUGCUGGUGCUGCGCUGCACUCUGCCCUGACAUUUGUCUGUACCGAAUUCGUUUGCAGGUGAGCACUCUUCGGCCCUGCCAACACAGAAAAGUUCGUGGCCCCUAAGUCGCCAGCAGAAAACCUCGUGCGGAGGAGGGUGGCGAUUGAUGCCAUGGCGGAGCGGCGACGUCACUCGCUGUCAGCUCCGUGCGCCCUCCGAGCGAAUGCCCCAGGCGGCUCGCACACGUUCGCACUGUUCAGUCACGCGUGCCAGCGAAAAUCUACUUACCCUUCCCGUCCCUCCC